CAAGGACACAACGACCAGGACAGAGAGGCCGGGGAUCGAACCGGCGACCUUCCGGUUACAGGUGCCCUUCCCAACCCCCUGAGCCACAGUCGCCCCAUACUUAUUGUGUUAAUAAGUAUCUGAACAAGUAUGUAAUAAAGUGUAUAAGUAGCCCAUAGCUAUAAACCUCCCUCCCAUAUUGAUAAUAUGUUAUCAAAGCAAAUGGCAGACUGGUUGGCCUGGCUUUCUCUGCUGUAUUAGGUACAAUCACUGAGCUUAAGAAGAUAUGACUGAAUCCUUAACAAUGAUAUCUUAUACCAAAAUGACAUAAUGUUCUUUGACAGACUGAUCUGCAGUAUGUUGUGACUCCUGCUGUGUUUCAGCAUCUGUCUAGUUAUUAAGAAAAUGCUUUAAUACAAUUACAAAAAUAAUCAUGGAGAGCCAUAAUAGUCCUAGCCCUUCUUAAGUGUUCUCUGCGAAAUAAAAAGCUUUAUUUCACUUAAAUGAUGAUGAGUGGCCUAAUUACCUAGUUUGUAAUCAUGUAUUAUGAAAAAAAAAUAAUAGUAAUUGGAGCGCUAUGUUUAAUUUUUCGGGUGCCUUUGCAGGCCUCCUCGCCUUGCAGCAGCACAUUCUUGCAGACAUGUUCUGGAGUUGGGCGGCAGAGAGACUUGAAGCGAGAGCGCUGUCGGGUACAGUAGGCGCACAGCAUCGACGCGCCGCUGCUCCUUUGUUGUGAUUGGAGUAUCAAGCAGCUGUGUUGCAGACCCCUUCUUCCCCCACAGUUCCGGGUCAUGCCACGUGACUUGCCCGCCCCCACAUGUCCCUCCCAAGUAAACAAUUCAGCAUCAUUUCAUUAUGUCUGCGAACAAUCCCUGAUUCUUAUCUUCAGGGGGAAAAAAAGCCUGAGCUCGACAACAGAUGCCUGUCACACAGCUAAAAACUCCCAGCAUAGUCCGCUUUUUAUCAAUGUGAAAUGGCGAAUGGAGAUGAGAUUAGUUUUUGGAUUCGGAUAAAUUAUGGAGCUAAAUAUAAAUGCUAAGCUGCAGUGUGUAUUUUAAAGUGGUCGAGCAAAACGUGUCCAAUUGACCUUGGAAUCAAAUUAGGUUUUAUUGAAGAGGAGCCGUCUCCACCACGGCUCUAUUUCACCUUUGACUAAAUUGAUGCAGCAGGACGUUAAGUUUUUAUCGCCCAGGAAAUGGUUACAUAGGCAUAUUUAUAAAUAGACUCGCGUUUUUCAUCCCAUAUUGCAUUAAUAAGAGGCCGAUAGCCAUUUUUGUGAAUGGGAGAGAGAGAGGGGGCUGGUCAUCUUGCGAUGACUAACUGGUGUAAAUACAAACAAACCAAACGGGAUAAGUGUUAGAUAUCGCUCAUGGAAUGCAUAUAAUGGUGGAUAAAUGUCAACAGGAUGGUCUUUUACACCAAAAUAUGCCUAUGUGGCUGUCAGUCUGACCCCCCCUCCGCGGAUGGUACAGUCUUGGUUCAUUCAUAAAAUUCUAGCAGAGCAUAAAAGGAGGGGCUUGCAUUCUAGUCGUCCAGUUACCAGGUAGACUAUACCUGGAGAAAAGACCCGAGCUGCUCUUCCCCAGCGGAAGGCCACAGUCAUAUCUGUCAUUAACCAGGACUUGUGUGUGUGCGUGUGUGUGAUUUUGCUUUUCUUUCUUUUUUCUUUUCUUUUUUUCUCCUCGUGAUGUAUCAAAACAACCUGACGCCUGACAUGGAUUCAGUCUCCCCCACCUGCCGGGCAGAGUCUCCUGUCGGGACACUCUGCCAGAAGACGCCAGAGGAGGCGAGCUCUCCAGCGUCCUCCACAGAGAGCAAUGCAAAGGAGGUCUGCCAAGACAUGAGCACUGAAGACACUCCAUUUGUUCCAACGGUUACAGCAAUUUCCUCUACCCCAGAUUUCCAGUGGAUGGUCCAGCCUACGAUUAUUACAUCUGUCUCCCCGUCUCUGGGUAGCAAGCAAGCCAAUGAACCGCAAAGCUCUCACCAGGCAACACCCAAAGCGGGCGGGAGUAAGGGAAAAAAUGCUGCCAGAAAGGGGAAAACAGAGCAGCUGUCUCCUGAGGAGGAGGAGAAGAAGAGGAUAAGAAGGGAGAGGAAUAAAAUGGCUGCAGCAAAGUGUCGCAACAGAAGGAGGGAGCUCACAGAUACACUGCAAGCUGAGACAGACAAGCUGGAGGAGGAAAAGGCUGCCCUGGAGACCGAAAUAGCCAACCUAAUCAAAGAGAAAGAACGGCUCGAAUUUAUUCUUGCUACACAUAAGCCGGUGUGCCAGAUGUCAGAAGAGCUUGAAUCCAUUUUCCAAGAGUCCACAGGGUCUCCAGGCCUACCGCCCAGUCCAGACGAGGACAGGCUUCCAGAGGAUGGCACGCAAGAAGCUCCAUCACUCCAGGACAUGGACGACCCCAGCGAUCCGUCCACAGCCAUCUCUGGGAACUCGAAUAUUUUGCUGUGUGCAAGUGCUGAAAUCAACAUCUGUGAUCUCGAGCCCUCCCUGGACCUUAAGGAGGGGCUACUGGACAAUAUUUUACCCACCCUGGAGGAGAAAACUCCCAUGGAGACAGCUCGAUCCGUGCCAGACAUAGAUCUGAGUAGCUCUCUCGGGGUCUCGGACUGGGAGACUCUGUAUAAGUCGGUUUCCAGCGACCUGGAGCCUCUCAGCACUCCCGUGGUCACCUCCACCCCUACCUGCAGCAGCUACCUGUCUGUGUUCACAUUUGCGUGCCCUGAGCUGGACUCUCUCACAGAGGGACUAGACAGCCAUAAAGGUGGAGGAAGCAAGGGCGAUUCUGUCGACAUCCUCAACUCUCCGACUCUCCUAGCCUUAUAAAAUGCAAAGAGGCGCUGAUCUGUUUGAUCUCUCUCUGGUCUCUCUGUUUGCAGGUUCCCGACGUUGAAAUGAUAUGAACAACGUAUGCUGUAAUGCUUCAAGGAACACAUUCAUGAAAAGUCUUGUACAUGACUAAGCAAACAUAUAAACUCUCUUCAGAUACAUAGUCAACAGAGUGAUGUAGCUAAAAGCAUGGCUUUUAAUUUAACUGAAAGGACUGAAGUAAGUUUUGAUUUUAAACGCAUGCUGAAAAAUUCCAAAUAAUUUUCAAAGCUCAUAUUUGAUCUGUUACUAGAUCUAAGCUGUAACGUGGAAUUUAAUGUAACAGUAUGGUUUUGUGUUUUUUGGUGUCAGUAGUGUACUGAUUGAUGUAAAUGUAUUUACAUAUCCAUCUAAGUACCUGCGUACCUCAUCAAGUGUGGUUUGACCUCAUUGUUAAAAUGUUGAAAGUUUUCCAUGAAAACAUUCAGUGCUAUAUACUAUUAUAUAUAUAUAUAUAUAGAUAUAUAUAGAUAUAUCUUAUCAAGAUGUACCUUAUGAUUUAUUUUUUUACCUUUCAGACUUUGACUUAUUUGUUUAAAUUGAAAAAAAAAAAACAAGUAAAAUGGGCAUAUAUUGCUUAACUAUGCUGCUGAAUAACUACAAUAAAUCUGCGUUCACAGUGGUGCUGA